AUGUUCAAUGGAAUAUCAAAGCUGAAUAUGACAAUCAUGAAGCUUCCUAUCUUUUACAAGCAAAGAGAUCUUCUUUUCUAUCCUUCUUGGGCUUAUUCUCUUCCACCAUGGAUCCUCAAAAUACCAAUAACUCUCAUAGAAGUUGCCCUUUGGGAAUGCAUUUCUUACUAUGCCAUUGGAUAUGAGCCAAACAUUGGAAGAUUUUUUAAGCAGUACUUGGUAAUCCUAUGCAUUAACUAG